GAACUUUCACCGGGGGUCAAACGGUGAUCUGAACGUUUUCCGGAAGCCGUGCAGAGAGAGCUUCAGGUCGACGUUUGUUGUUGUUGUUGUGGACUACUUUGGAUCCGCUAGACAGCUGUCUGGCAGUAGGGUCAGCGGAGAAACGAGCAAGCUGAAGUCCUUUUCCCCGUCGGAUGAAUGGCAGUCACGGCGGUGAGAGCAGCGGCAGCCGCGGGAGGUCCGGCGUCUUUGUCCCGCUUCAGGGGAGCGCUGGUCGCGGGUGUGCUGGGAGACUGUAUCGGAGGAGAGUUUGAAGGGGCGGAGGAGGUUCCCAUGGAGAGUGUGCUGCAGCACCUCAGCAGCCUGGACGACGAAACUAAAGGAACCGGUAUCCUUGAAUACAGUGAUGACACAGCCAUGGCACGCUGUGUGGCUCAGUCUCUACUCACCAGGACUGGCUUUGAUGAGCACGACAUGGCUCGCAGGUUUGCGAAGGAGUACAGUGCAUCCCCACAUCGUGGUUAUGGUGCUGGAGUGAUCCAGGUGUUGAAGAAGCUCUCAUCCCCCCAGUUAAAUGAUGUGUAUCAGCCAGCGAGGGACCAGUUUAACGGUCGGGGCUCCUUUGGAAAUGGAGGGGCCAUGAGAGCAGCUCCCUUCGCCCUGGCCUUUCCGGACUUGUCUGAUGUUAAAAGGUUUGCCCAUCUGGGUGCCAUGCUGACGCACUCCUGCUCUCUGGGUUAUAAUGGGGCGGUGCUGCAGGCGUUAGCAGUGCACCUCUCUCUGCAGGGGGCACUGGACUUGCCUCACCAGUUCAUCAGCAGGUUAAUUAAAGAGAUGGAGGAAGUGGAAGGUGAUGAGGCUGCACGCAAUGAUGCAAGAAUUUUAAAAGAAGCAGAGAAGCCAUUCUGUGAACGUCUCCACCGAAUCAGAGACCUGAUGGACAGGAGCAAAGUUAGCAUAGAGGAAGUCAUCUCUGAACUGGGUAAUGGCAUUGCAGCUCUCCACUCCGUCCCCACUGCAAUCUUCUGUGUCCUCCACUGCCUGCAGCCCCGGGAAUGCCUCCCAGAGAGCUACGGCGGCGUGGAGAGGACGAUAGCGUACAGCCUGGCGCUGGGAGGGGACACUGAUACCAUAGCCUGCAUGGCUGGGGCCAUCGCGGGGGCCCACUAUGGCAUCGAGACCAUCCCUCUGUCCUGGAUAAGAUGCUGUGAGGGGGUGGAGGAUGCAGACCAGUAUGCAGAGAGGCUUUACAAGCUGUACCACCAGUCGCCACUGGGGGGCAAAGGCGAGACAGGCGAGCAGAGUGGCGAAAACAGGUCAACCGCUGCUAAUGGCACAGAGAAGAAAACUGGAGUAGAGUGAUGGAUCAGCCAGAUUGUCAUUAAAAGACUUUCACACAUAAAGAACACGUAAAAAAAAGACUUUACAUUUUUUGUUUUGUUUGGAAAAGCUUUUUUUUUUUUUUGGAUCUUAAUGGUAUUAAAUAAUUUAAGCUUUGAGGAAAAAAAGCGCUUUUUCCAAACUGUCAACAUGAAAUUUAUUAGGUAUCUGAAAAUUAGAGCUGAACAAAAUUUCCAGUCUUAAUUUUGAGAAUGUGGCUUUUACACAAACUGCCAAACUUCUCUGAACGCCAAUCCAAAAAAUGGUCUAAAUAUGAAUAAACAGCAUAUUCAUACACGC